AUGACCAUGCACGAGCUAUCUGCUCCGGCUGCCCACAAAACGGCCAGGCAAGAGCUGGGCGGUGGUGGCAUGUUCUGCCCUAGACCGAACGAUGUCAUUAUAGCUCUUAUGGGUGUGACUAGCGUAGGCAAGAGCACCUUCAUUUCACAUUGCACAAACAAGACCAUCGCAAUCAAUAGCGGCCUCCAGUCUUGUACCAAAGUUGUUUCGGUGUAUCAGUGCGAGCUGAGCGGGCUGCAAAAUAUCUACCUAGUUGACACCCCGGGCUUUGAUGACACUAACCGAACCGACAUUGAGGUGUUGACUGAGAUUGCCGACUGGCUCACCGAGACGUACAAGCACAAUGUGAAGUUGAAUGGCAUCAUCUACCUUCACCGAAUUACCGACCUUCGCAUGACGGGGUCAGCGAGAGAGAAUGUGCUGCGAUUCCAGAGGCUCUGUGGCUCUGGCGCGCUGAAGAAGGUGGUUCUUGCCACCACCAUGUGGGAAGUUGUGGAUCCCAGCAUUGGCGAGAAGAGGGAAGACGAGCUGAAGACAACCGAAGACUUCUGGGGUUACAUGAUCCGGCACAAAUCUCAGAUCCACCGCCACUACAACAAUGUUGAGUCGGUCCGGCGGCUCAUAGGCCUCUUCGCUAACGGUGGCGCUCCGGUCACGCUGAGACUCUAA